AUGGCUUCCGCAUACUCGGAGUCCGAGCCAGUUCUGGUGUCCCGUCUCUCGAAGGCGGGUUUUGAGCAGGCUGAGCGCGAUCUCAUCCUGAAGCACGUUAAGAGCUUGAAGCAGUUGGCCUUCGUGAGCUCCUUUGCUCCGGGGGCUGCGGACGAAGGUCCGUUGAUCGAGGCCCUUAAGACGAUGCUUGGAAAGGACCCAGAGAUGAAUCAGAAGGCAGCUUUCAGAGCAGUUUUCCAUGAGGCAUAUGCCAUUGUCACUUCGGAGAUGCGACAGCAGGUUGAAAGGGUCGAGGAGCCGACAGUUCGUCAUUUGAGUCAGCCCGAGAGGGCUGAGAGAAUUGAGCGACAACGUUCACAGUUGACUGGCAUCACGAUAAAGGGUUCCUCGGAGCCAUCAGAGGCCCUGGUCGACCUUUGCGUCGGUCAGUAUGAGGCCAAUGUGAUCCAGUAUGUCCCUUGGUCUAAGUGCACAUCGCGGGAACAGGAGCUCCUGGGCGACGGUAAGAAGGACCUGAAGCUUUCGAUAGACGGCGAGAGUGGUAAGCUCAAGGUAGAGAACAAGGCCAAGGAUCAGGUGGCUGACACGUCCACUGAAGUGAUGCUUCUGCAGGCUCUGCAGAAGCGUGCUCUUGCAUUCGAUCAGGCUAACAUUGUUUCUUUCACAAAGCUUGACAUGUGGCAUCAAAAGUUGAUGAAGGCGAGGCUGACUACGCCCCCGCCGGGUUACCAGCAGGUUACCUUCGCUCAGUUGCAAAAUGCAGACUCGAGGCUCUUUUUGGAGCUUCAGGACCAUACGCGCACAGGCAUUCAGUCGGAUGCCAAAGGCCGUCCGAUCGAUGGGAUCAUAGAUUCUGUCAGCUGCAUGCAUGAGGUGGUUUCGCUGAUGCAGCCGCUCCAGGGCGGCCCCUCGUCUUCGUACGGUCCCAGUGAGCCUGCUCGUCUGCGAGAGUCGCCGUACAAAGGUAAGGGCAAGGGCAAAGAUGGCAAAGGGAAGAAGCGCUUCGUUGCUAUGCCAAGCGAGCUUCGUGGGUGGGUGCAAUUCGCACACCGCGAAAGGGUGACGGGCAAUAAAUGUGAGAAGGGAUUGCACAUCUGUGCAGUCCCCAAGUGCGGCAUGAACCACGCCGCUGUCAAGUGUCCCAAGAAGCCGAAAGAUGGCGAGCAGGCGGGCCAUUCUCGAGCAAUCCAGCAAGUGCUUACGGCCCAUCCCGAAGGGGAUGAGCCUCUUUUGAGUGCGCCCGAAGGGGCCCAAGCAGUGCCAUUUGAAGGGCAAGGAUCGAACCAACUCGAUCCGAAAGUGCAUGCGGACUCUUAUGCUGAGGAGCUUCUGUCUUUGGGCAGGGAUCCCACGGCCCAGGAGUUGAUUCGUUUGUUUGACAUGCUGCCUCAGGAGCCGCUUUUGAGCAAUACUCGUGACGAUGGAGCCGUGGCCUUCUCGACUGGUGCCUAUGCGAAGGGGCCGCUGCUCGGUCUCAGGAGCAACUGCAACAAACAUCCGGCGGCUUCGAAGGUUUUCGCUCAGGCAGUGCAACGCGCUGCCCCAGGGAUGCAAUUUUCUACUCUGAGUGUGUUUUCAGACCUUAAGACGGAGCCUCAUGUCGACCGCUUCAACUCUCCUUUCCCGAACAUUCUUGUGCCACUCAGCAAUUUUCGGAAAGGCGAGGUCUGGGUCGAGUCGGCUCAGGGCGUUUUUCCUCUUGAGGUCGAUGGUGUUACGAAGCGUGGCAUCUUGAUCGAUGUUGCCUCCGGACCGAAGGCCUUCUAUGCUUGCAGCCAUGAGCUUGAUGUUGACUGUAGGGCGCGGUUAGCUGAGCUGAGCUUCCCUGUUCCCAAAACGGCGCCCAACUUUAGUCCGGAUUUGAUCGAAGUCGGGGGAACCUUUCAUGACCUCCGAAGUUCUCAAGUGGAUGAGGCAUGUGAUGCCCUCCCGGCGCAACUGCAAGUCGCUUCUUUGCUGUGCCUUGACCUCUUUUGCAAUGCAGGUGAGUUUGGAGCCUCCUUGAGGGCCGCCGGAUUCGAUGUGCUCGCGGUCGAACAACCGCACCUAAAGCAGAGAGCUCUGAUCAGCGUUGUGUCGUCCGAACUCAGCUCUUUCUUGGCUUUCCUCGCCACUCUUGAUAUCGGGUGGUGCGUCUUGAAUCCGCUGAACAGCCGACUGUGGUCGACUUUGGCUCUGCCUGCCUCGCAAGCUGUGAAGUUCGACCUAUGUGCCCAUGGUGGCGAGCAGCACCGCCAGAUGCUGUUGCAUACUAACGUCCAGCCUUUAAGCGCUCUCGCUGUGUCGGCCGACGACAAUCAGGAACCUUCUAGAGCCUUCCAGUCAGUGACUUCACUGCGGGCCCGGCCGCGUUUGUUGUGCAGUCGGCUCGCCGCCCAGGUAGUUGUUUUCCCGGGUUCACUAGGGUUUGCUGUGUCCCCUGAUGCAGUCAAGCCAUCUGCCAAUCAUCGAUCCUCCAUUGCAGUGCAGCGCCAGCCCAAGGUCUCCAAGGUGCCGCCGCUCAUGCCCGAAUACAAGCAUCGGGUUACUUUGCAGGUUCCGUCCAUGGACGCUCUACGUUAUGAUGCGAAAAACUCCUUGACGGCCGCUUUUCAGUCGGUGCCUGUCGGUGCCCGCAUCCUUCAGGUGGAUGAGUUCGUCAGGACAGCAGUUACUCUAUCUCAUCCUUUCGACCUGUCUUCUGCAGUGCCGGACGAGAUGCUCGAGAUUCUUGCGUUCACCCUCACGAAAGGGCCCUUGGCAGUCAUGAGGCAUCGCUUGGACACCUUGACGAAAUGGAAAAAGUGGUCUCAAGAACUUCGUGGAGCCGAGGCCUCCUUGCACGCGAGGCUUCACCCAGAUGUCGAGAAGAUAAAAAAAAAAAAAAACUUGACCCUCCUGCGGCGUGUGGCCGAGGAUUUACAGUGGCCUGAUGCCACGAUAAUCGACGACAUCGAGAAUGGCUUUGAGCUCGUGGGUGAGGCCAAGCUUACAGGCAUCUUUGAGGUGGACCCGAAACCCUCUUCGAUGUCCGUUGACGAGUUGCUUGAGCACGCUAAGUUCUUGAAGCCAGCCCUGUGGGGCAAGGUGUCGGGCGAUGCGAGCCACCCGGAUGAUCAGGAGCUCUGGGAUCUCACUUGUGCUGAAGCUGACGAGAAAGGUUGGUUGCAUGGACCCUACACGUGGGAGCAACUGCAGAACAUGUUUGACUCCAAGUGGAUACCUGUGCGCAGAUUCUCCAUCAGACAAAAGAACAAAUUGCGGCCCAUCGACGACCUGUCCGAGAAUGCCGUCAAUCAAGCUUGGGCAGUAAUGGAGAGGAUCGGUUUGCGUGCGCUUGAUGAAAUCACUUGGGCAUGUAUGGCUUUGAUGAGGGCCAGCUUGGGGCGACGCGAGGUUUUCUUCCGGAAGUCCGACGGCUCCGUCUUGUCGGGGCCUUUGCAUUCGUAUUGGCACCAGGACGCUCGCCGCUGCUCGCCGGUCUUGAAGACUACGGAUCUGCGCUCAGCUUAUAAACAGUUCGCUAUACGGCCGGAACACCAUCGGAUGUGCGUGGUGACCUUGAAGGAUCCGGCGGACGGCUCAACAAAGGGGUUCGUCUGCCGCGUUUUGCCGUUCGGGGCCCUGGCCUCGGUCGGUCAGUUCAACAGGUUUUCGAGGCUGUGGCAAAGGAUUCUCUGGCAGCUGAAGCUCGCUGCGGCGAGCUACUUCGACGAUUUCCCGUCGGUGGAGGUCAGGGCCCUUGCCGAAAACCAUGACUCCUCCGUGAAGGCAGCGUUGCGCCUUUUUGGAGUUGACUGGGCGAGCGACAAGGACCUUCCCUUCUCACCGACGGCCGAUGUUUUGGGCGUCCGACUGGAUGCGACGGAUAUGGAGGGCGGAGUGCUGAGGGUCAAAAACAAGCCAGAAAGAUCCAAGGAAAUUGCCUCUUCGAUCGAUAAGAUCCUUGCGGAUGGCUGUAUUGAUCCGAAGCAGAUCCCCUCUUUGUUUGGCCGGAUACAGUUUUCGGAAAGUCAGUUGAUGGGCCGACAGGGGCGCCUGGCUUUGGCUCAGAUUCGCUGGCUUUCGAGUGCUCGUCACCGUCAUGUUCUAUCUUCCCUGGACGCCACUGUCUUCAGAAGCUUGAGGGAGAGGAUGCUUGAGGGCAGGCCGCGCGAGAUCCAGGUUCUUCCCAUUGGCGGCCAGACUCUUGUUUUCACUGACGGUGCAUGCGACAAGCUGGGGGACAAGUUUAGCUGCUCAAUCGGAGGUGUCAUGUAUCGGGUGCUGCCAACUGGUUUUCGCGAGACGAGGGCGUUCGGGUGCUACCUGGACGAAUCGGUCGUCGAGCAAUGGGCGGGACUGGGCAAGAGACACCUGAUAGGUCCUACCGAGCUUUUCGCGGUGGUGGCGGCCAGACAUGUCUGGAAAGAUUUCCUGAAUGAUCAGAGGGUCGUCUUUUACGUGGAUCACAGUGGUGUUUUGUCUGCGAUGAUCAAAGGGUCUUCCCGCGAUGAUCUCUGGAGGAGCAUCUUGCUUCACUACGAGUGUGCCGACUCGAUGGGGCCAGCGAUCUCGUGGUUCGCUCGGGUCCCGAGCAAGUCGAACCCCGGCGAUGGGCCUUCGCGGUCCGACUGGAGAUUCCCUGUUUUCGGCGAGUACUUCGAAGAUCGGAUUGUGUGCUUCAUAAGCGGCAGAGUUCUCAAAGUCACGGGGCAAAGAGUGCAGGGGUGA